GGGAGGAGCACAACCGAGGCUGCCAGGGAAGCUAGAACUGGCAGUCGCCGGGGGCCAAGAGGAGGAUCUGGAGCUGAGAGCGUGCUCCAGAUCGGGUGGAGGAGGCGGCUGCAGUGGGAGUCCCGGGAGCGCUGCCGGCGGCGGCUUCUCAGCUAAGCUAGUGGCUGAGGCUGAGUCGCCGGACCGGUGGCGGACACGGCGGCGGCCGGGCCGAGCCAUUUCCAUACAGUCCCGACCCUGGUGAUCUUCCCCUAUAUUUUGCAAACUAUCAACAAAGAAGUGUGAGUAGUGGAGUAGACGGAGUCCCAGACUGCUGGACUGUCUACUUGUGGAAAUUGUUGAUUACCUGAACAUCUUAAAACCAAGAAACCUGUGACUAGGUUUAUUAAGAAUCUUCUGUUUUGAAAAAUACAAAAGCAUUUUAUGAAUGUUUUGAAUUAAGAAGGUGUUAGCAGUGGUCUGUCAUUUCUGGACACAUAAGAGACUAUAAAUCUGAAACAGUUCCCUGGCAGUUAUCCAAAUGCCUAACACUGGAAAGAACUAGUACUUUGAGUGAUCAUCCUUCAACAAGAAGAUAGAGCUACCGAUGUACUGUACUUGAUAACUUAUCAAUGUAAUCUUUUUGAUGGCAUUUAAUAUAAUGGACAGGUUUUCCACAUCUAAUUGUCAGGUACAGAAUUAACACUUGGAAUCUGGAGAAGCAAUUUGUACAAAUUGAAAGAUUGGGCUUUCUCUUCAGUUUUCCAGAUGUAUUGUUUCCUCCGUAUACUUGAAACAUCCACAAUCACCUACACUCCAGAUAUAACUAUGGAGUUAUGUGACUCAUCAAGAUACAGGAAAAGUGUUGCUGAGCUUUGGAACCAGAGAUUUUUUUCAUCAGUUCAACAAUUAAAUUAAUAUAUUCUCUGCUAAUCAAGGAUAAGGAGCCCAAUAAAGUCAUGUACAUUCUGUUGACAAAUGAACUCUGUAGCUGUUGAAUUUUUACUGUAAUUGCUAAUUUUGUCAUUCACAGUCAACUUAAUAUGCAAGUUAUAUCAUCAUGGAUGUAAAGACCUGUGUUGAUGUAUCGAGAGUCUAGCAAAUGUUGAAGAUUAAAAACCUAUUAUGACUAAUCCUUGGGAAGAGAAAGUCUGCAAAAUGGCUCAAACGAGUUUACUGCAAGGGAAGCAGUUUUACUGUAGGGAGUGGGUAUUCCACAAGCUUCAGCAUUGCCUCCAGGAGAAAACUAACUGCUGCAAUAGUGCUGUCAACACACCAUCCCUUUUAAUGAAUUCUGGGAAUAAUGCUAGUGCUGUCUCUGGAAAGGGAGCUGCCUGGGGUGUAUUGUUGGUAGGAGGGCCUGGAAGUGGCAAGACAGCCCUGUGUACUGAGCUCUUAUGGCCAAGUUCACCUGCAAGCUUGCAGAGAGGUUUACAUCGCCAAGCUUUGGCCUUUCAUUUCUGCAAGGCCCAGGAUUCUGAUACUUUGUGUGUUGGAGGGUUUAUUAGAGGUCUAGUUGCCCAGAUUUGCCGCAGUGAACUACUCCAAGGAUAUGAGGACAAACUAAGGGAUCCCGCAGUCCAAAGCCUCUUACAGCCUGGGGAAUGUGAGAGGAACCCAGCUGAAGCAUUCAAAAGGUGUAUCCUGCUCCCCCUCUUGGGAAUGAAGCCUCCACAGCAAAGCCUAUACCUGCUUGUCGACUCUGUUGACGAAGGCUGUAACAUCACUGAAGGUGAACAGACUUCUACCAGCUUAUCUGGGACUGUCGCAGAGCUCUUAGCUGGUCACCAUGAGUUCUUUCCACCAUGGCUAUUGCUCCUCUGUUCUGCCCGAAAACAGAGUAAGGCUGUCACUAAAAUGUUUACUGGCUUUCGAAAAAUAAGUUUGGAUGACCUCCGGAAGGCAUACAUUGUCAAAGAUGUUCAGCAGUACAUCCUCCAUCGUUUAGAUCAAGAAGAAGCUUUGCGACAACAUCUCACAAAAGAAACUGCAGAGAUGUUGAAUCAACUGCAUAUUAAAAGCAGUGGAUGCUUUCUUUACCUAGAACGAGUUCUAGAUGGAGUUGUAGAAAACUUUAUCAUGUUAAGAGAGAUCCGUGACAUCCCAGGAACCCUAAAUGGUCUAUAUCUCUGGCUAUGCCAAAGACUUUUUGUAAGAAAACAGUUUGCAAAGGUUCAGCCUAUUUUGAAUGUGAUUCUUGCAGCCUGCCGACCUUUGACCAUAACGGAAUUGUAUCAUGCAGUAUGGACCAAAAACAUGUCAUUAACCUUGGAAGACUUUCAACGGAAGUUAGAUGUCCUUUCCAAACUUCUUGUUGAUGGACUAGGCAAUACAAAAAUACUCUUUCACUACAGUUUUGCAGAGUGGCUUCUGGAUGUGAAACACUGCACUCAGAAGUAUUUAUGUAAUGCAGCAGAAGGACAUAGAAUGUUGGCUAUGAGUUAUACCUGUCAAGCAAAGAAUUUAACACCAUUGGAAGCACAGGAAUUUGCAUUGCAUUUAAUUAAUUCAAACUUACAAUUAGAGACAGCUGAGUUAGCUCUGUGGAUGAUAUGGAAUGGUACACCUGUCAGAGACUCCCUGUCUACUUUAAUACCUAAGGAACAAGAAGUGCUACAGCUGUUGGUGAAGGCUGGCGCUCACGUCAACAGUGAAGAUGAUCGCACAUCGUGUAUAGUCCGACAAGCCUUAGAAAGAGAAGAUUCCAUUCGGACAUUAUUAGAUAAUGGAGCUUCAGUAAAUCAGUGUGACUCAAACGGGAGAACGUUACUGGCUAAUGCCGCAUACAGUGGGAGUCUUGAUGUAGUGAAUUUACUUGUCUCGAGAGGGGCAGACUUAGAGAUAGAAGAUGCUCAUGGACACACACCACUCACCCUCGCUGCUAGGCAGGGACAUACCAAGGUGGUUAAUUGUUUGAUUGGGUGUGGAGCAAACAUCAAUCACACUGAUCAGGAUGGUUGGACAGCAUUACGAUCUGCUGCCUGGGGUGGCCAUACCGAGGUGGUUUCUGCACUCCUUUAUGCUGGCGUAAAAGUAGACUGUGCAGAUGCCGAUAGCCGGACAGCGUUAAGAGCAGCAGCAUGGGGCGGACACGAGGAUAUUGUCCUGAAUUUGCUGCAACAUGGUGCUGAAGUAAACAAAGCUGAUAAUGAAGGUAGAACUGCUUUGAUAGCGGCAGCAUACAUGGGCCACAGAGAGAUUGUGGAACACCUGCUGGACCACGGAGCAGAAGUAAAUCACGAGGAUGUCGAUGGCCGGACUGCUCUCUCUGUAGCUGCACUUUGUGUGCCCGCAAGUAAAGGACAUGCGUCAGUCGUCAGCCUUCUCAUUGACCGAGGUGCUGAAGUCGAUCAUUGUGAUAAGGAUGGCAUGACGCCACUGCUGGUAGCUGCCUACGAAGGACAUGUCGAUGUGGUCGACUUGCUUCUUGAGGGGGGAGCGGAUGUAGAUCAUACGGAUAACAAUGGCCGUACACCCCUCCUGGCAGCAGCUUCCAUGGGUCACGCCUCCGUUGUAAAUACCCUUUUAUUCUGGGGUGCAGCUGUGGAUAGUAUUGAUAGUGAAGGCAGGACAGUCCUCAGCAUCGCUUCAGCACAAGGAAAUGUCGAGGUGGUGCGGACUCUGCUGGAUAGAGGGUUAGAUGAAAAUCACAGAGACGAUGCUGGAUGGACACCUUUGCACAUGGCAGCUUUUGAAGGUCACAGAUUAAUAUGUGAAGCACUCAUUGAACAAGGUGCUAGAACAAAUGAGAUUGACAACGAUGGGCGAAUCCCUUUUAUAUUAGCUUCACAAGAGGGUCACUACGAUUGUGUUCAAAUAUUACUGGAAAAUAAAUCCAACAUUGAUCAAAGGGGUUAUGAUGGGAGAAACGCACUGAGGGUUGCUGCUUUGGAAGGACACAGGGACAUUGUUGAAUUGCUUUUUAGCCAUGGAGCUGAUGUUAACUACAAAGAUGCUGAUGGUAGGCCCACACUUUAUAUCUUGGCUUUAGAAAACCAACUUACAAUGGCUGAAUAUUUUUUAGAAAAUGGUGCAAAUGUAGAAGCAAGUGACGCAGAAGGAAGGACAGCCCUUCAUGUUUCCUGCUGGCAAGGCCAUAUGGAGAUGGUACAGGUUCUCAUCGCCUACCAUGCCGACAUCAACGCUGCAGACAAUGAAAAGCGCUCUGCUCUGCAGUCUGCAGCCUGGCAGGGCCAUGUAAAAGUGGUUCAGCUUCUGAUUGAGCAUGGUGCUGUGGUCGACCACACGUGUAACCAAGGGGCCACUGCACUCUGCAUUGCAGCCCAGGAGGGGCACAUUGAUGUUGUGCAGGUUUUAUUAGAGCACAGUGCCGACCCAAACCAUGCUGAUCAAUUUGGGCGCACUGCUAUGCGUGUUGCAGCCAAAAAUGGACAUUCCCAGAUAAUUAAAUUAUUAGAAAAGUAUGGUGCAUCUAGUUUGAAUGGCUGUUCCCCAUCUCCUGUUCACACAAUGGAGCAAAAACCUCUACAGUCAGUGUCUUCAAAAAUGCAGUCGUUAACAAUUAAAUCAAAUAGCUCUGGUAGUACUGGUGGAGGGGACAUGCAGCCUUCAUUACGCGGUUUACCUAAUGGGCCAGCUCACGCAUUUAGUUCUCCUUCAGAGUCUCCAGAUUCUACAGUUGAUCGGCAGAAGUCAUCGCUGUCAAAUAAUUCCCUGAAAAGCUCAAAAAAUUCAUCUUUGAGAACUACUUCAUCUACGGCAACAGCUCAAACAGUGCCAAUUGACAGCUUUCAUAACUUGUCCUUUACAGAACAAAUCCAGCAGCAUUCGUUGCCCCGCAGUAGGAGUCGACAGUCAAUUGUGUCCCCGUCUUCCACCACACAGUCCUUAGGACAGAGUCACAAUUCACCAAGUAGUGAGUUUGAGUGGAGUCAGGUAAAGCCCAGCUUGAAGUCAACUAAAGCAAAUAAAGGGGGUAAAUCGGAAAAUUCUACCAAAUCUGGAUCAGCUGGAAAAAAAGCUAAACAAAGCAAUUCUUCACAGCCAAAGGUUUUAGAAUAUGAAAUGACUCAGUUUGAUAAAAGAGGCCCUGUAGCCAAAUCUGGGACCAGUGCACCACCUAAGCAAAUGCCAGCCGAAUCUCAGUGCAAAAUUAUGAUACCUUCAACUCAGCAGGAAAUUGGUCGAUCUCAACAGCAGUUUGUUAUUCAUCAACAAAGUGGGGAACAGAAGAAGAGAAAUGGAAUCAUGACAAAUCCAAAUUACCAUCUUCAGAGCAACCAGGUUUUUCUUGGUAGGGUUUCAGUCCCACGAACAGUACAAGCUAGAGGGCAUCCGGAGGUAUUGGAGGGGUAUCCUUCCUCAGAGACAGAAUUAAGCCUUAAACAAGCCCUGAAGCUUCAGAUUGAGGGCUCUGACCCUAGCUUCAACUAUAAAAAGGAAACACCAUUAUAAAAGUUCACUAGUUUCCUAGUCUGUGAAACAGAAGACAUUGUGAUUGGAGCAGUUCUUCAGCUACUGGAUGAAAACAUUAAAUGCCUGUUGAUUUGCUGAAAAACAAAAAAAAAAGAAUGUGAUAUCCGCAAUUCACUUACCUUAAUUACUGUAAUGUGCCUAAAUAGUAAGGCUGCCUUCUCAAUGUAACCCUCUGUGCUUAAAAAUUUUCCUUUCAUGUGCUUUGUAUUCACUACACAAGAAUAAGCACUUUUUUAAAAAUGCAGAUACGUACUGCAGUUCCCUGAUAAAGGCUAAACAUUUUGAUUAAAGUAGUUGAAGAUUUGAUAAAUGUGCAUGUGCCAUGAUCAAAUAUAUAUGAAAAGGCAGUGUUUCUUGUAUUUCUUGUAUUUAUUUUUUCUUUUCGAGAUGAAACAUAAGUAUACCGUUUCAGUCACAUUUGCAUUGUAGUAUGUGGCCUGUUUUUUGUAAUUUUAAAAAUGUCGCUCAAUAAAAUGAAUCUUGUAACUCUUUUAUGUUCACUGCACUUUCGGUGUUAGAUAAAAAUGAAUUUCCAGAUAAAUGUCACAUUGAAGUAAAAACAUGGUUUCUUGGCAAAUUAAAAAAAAAAAAAUUCUAAUAGUUUAGGGAGCUGCGCUAAGUAGUUUAAAUCUGGCUUUUCCCAGUAGAAUCUUCCUCAUCUCUGGCUAAAAGUGUGAAAACAAACAACCAGACUGUAGACAGAACAAAGUUCUAUUUCAUCCACUGAGAUGCAAUUUUGCCUUCCACUCACUGUCAUUCCACCUCCGUGAAAACAGACUAUCACUCCUGAGGCAUGACGCUUCUCAGGGACAGAACCGUGCCUCAGUUGCGUGUGUGUGCAGAGGGAAAUGCACCUUCUACCUGAGGGGAGGUGUUUGAUCCAUGAAUAAUUCAUCAAAUACCCUUAUCUCUUCCUUCCAGCCAAAUAAAAUAUAUUAGUAAUAUACCACUGUAAAUGUUAAUGCUGGCUUCUCUCUCAGCUGUUUCUAUUUUGUAAAUCACUGCAUGACCAAUGUAGCCCCACUCAAAGCCAAUUGGAUUAAUUUUAAUGGUUUAGUUGGAUGAAUAUUCUUGAUGAAUGUAAUAUGUGCUGUCCCUCACAGAUGACACCACUAAUUCACCAGUCAUAGCACAUACAUGCUCAUCAUUUGAUUAGUAAUAGUGAUGGAUUUGCACUUUUCUAUCCACGUACUCUUUCCUGUUUUCUUCUUUGGACAAUUGCAUACAGGAGGGCUAGAUGCCAGGGUUAAGGGAGAAGUCCGGGACCCAGGAAAGUAAAAUAGGUUCAAGUGAGCAUGUGGCUCACAGCCUUGACCUCCUGGAUAUACUCUGAACCAGUGGACCUAGCUUAGAUGGGUCAUGUGUAUAUCUGGGAAGUUGGCAUAAUGGUUUAGAAGCCAAGGUUAUGGAUUUGAUCUUAUAAUGGGCCCUGUAAAUCUUUCAGAACCUAGAAAUUCUGUUCAUGUGCUGUUAUAAGGAGGAAUGAGGAAAGAGAAUUUGGAGAUUCAGCACAAAACCAUUGCUACUUCCAGAAAAAAAUAUUAGGAGUAUGUCUUAGUAAUAAAAGUCAGUAAUGUUAUCUUCACAUGUAAAGGGCACAUGUAGUGCAUUUUUCAUGGAAAUAGAAAUGUGUAAUCGGUUAUUAUAAAUGCUUCACUUGAAUUUUGUUGUAAGGCUUUCUCUUGCUUUUUUCUUUUUUUUUUUUUAGAGUCAACAACAUUCAUUUUGUCUGUCAUCUAUAAAUCAUAAUGUGGAUGAAAAGAUAAGUCAUAAGUUCAAUCAAUGUUAAGAUGACAUGGCAAUCUUAGUAACUCGAAUGUGAAUGUUUCAAGUAUUGAAUUCUUGUCCCUAUGGGACAUUUAUUAAAUACACUUAAUAGGACUCUUGCAAAGUAGCCUUAAAAGUGUUAAUGAUUCUAUUAAUAAAUAAGAACACAUACUAUUAGAACCAACUUUACUCGCGUCUCAAAGAUAGUACAUUUUCAUUACUGUAGAGAAUGAAGCUCUAAUUUCUUAUGUGUAUUUUUCUUUAGAAAGAGAACCCUGAAAGCUGCCAGUUUUUCUAUUAACCUUGAAUUAUUGAAAUUGUAUUUAUUUAAUUUUAUUGUUUUUACAUAAUUGCACCUUGUGGCCAAAGGGCAAAGAUAAGAUUCAUUACAUAAGGGAUUUGUGUUUUUCAAAGGCCUAAAUGUCAUAUUCAUACUAUAAACACUUGAAACAAGUGGUAGGAAGAGAACUUCUUAGAAAAGAUUUUCAAAAGUAAGUAUUCUCUGGAUGUUUUUAUAUAAAUUAUGUUUUGGAAUAGAACAUAAAUGACUUUGAAUUAGGAUAAAGGUGAAAAGGGGUGCUGGAAAUGCCCUGUUUUGCUUAUUUGUUUCUGUGAGGAAUUUAAUACCAUGACUGAAAAUGACCUGCUCUGCUAAAAAAUAAAAAUAGUCCCCAAGUAUGAAACUCCUUAAUAACUAUUUUUGAAAUUAAAAUGUUUAAAUUUUGUAAACUGUUGCCAGUACACAACUAUGAGGCCAUGUGCAUAUAACAUUUUUAUAACAUUCCACCUGUGCCCGUUCCCUAAAAGUAAUGAGUUGACACUAAGUAAUAAAAAUGAGUAAUGAGAAAUAGAAGCCUGAAUGUUUCUAGGAGAAGUUUUAUAAGAAAAAUUGACCAGAAAUCAGUGUGCACUGCAAAGUACAGCCAGACUCUUUUGUCUUUCAUUCUCACCCCACCCCCACUCCCAUCCCCACCAGAGUCCUCACCAAAAAUAGUUCACUGCUUAAAAAACAGGAGUAAAUACUUUUCUCAGUAUUGUUUUGGCUAUGCAAAUAUUUGUUUUGCUUACUGUCCUCCAUUUAUACUUCUCAGCAAAUGUAGUUGCAAACAAAUGCUUUCUUUUUAUUUUUCCCUUGGUUUGGGGUAUAUAAAUAGCCUAAAAUGUACAUUGAAUUUCACAUUGUAAAAGUUUUAUUCCUUGUAUUAUAUAACACAAAAAUCCCUAUGUAUAUGAAAGUGCAUAAUAAAUAUAUUUGCUUUACAGAG